AUGGUUCUUUUUGAUCAGCUUGAUUCAUAUAUCUUUGAUGUGCAAUCUAAUGAGGAUUUUUCGAGGUUGAAUGGACUUCCUGAUCUUUCUAAGAAAAUGGUAGAGACCGGGAGAGAUAAACUAUAUCCUUUAGUUUACUUGCUCUUGAAAUUGGCAUUGAUCUUACCGGUUGCAACUGCUACUGUUGAAAGAGUGUUUUCUGUGAUGAACAUUGUGAAGAAUCGAUUGCGGAAUCGAAUGAAUGAUCAGUGGUCGAAUAAUAGUUUGGUGGUGUACAUAGAAAAAGAUGUUUUUGAUGGGAUUGAGAACGAUACAAUCAUGCAAAACUUUCAGAAUAUGAAAACCCGUCGUGGUCAAUUGUAA